CGCGCGAGCGGCCCGCGGGAAACACAGCCGUGCGCGCCCCGGAGCCGGGUCCGGGUGGGCUGCGGUCCGCGCGCCGCCGCGCCGUCCUGUUGGAGGAGGGAGGGGCUGGCGCAGCCAUGUUCGUGGCGCGCAGCAUCGCGGCGGACCACAAAGAUCUCAUCCACGAUGUGUCUUUCGAUUUCCACGGACGGCGGAUGGCCACCUGCUCCAGUGACCAGAGCGUCAAGGUCUGGGAUAAAAGUGAAAGUGGGGAUUGGCAUUGCACUGCUAGCUGGAAGACACAUAGUGGAUCUGUGUGGCGUGUGACAUGGGCCCAUCCGGAAUUUGGACAGGUUUUGGCUUCCUGUUCUUUUGACCGAACAGCUGCUGUCUGGGAAGAAAUAGUAGGAGAAUCAAAUGAUAAACUGCGUGGACAGAGCCAUUGGGUCAAGAGGACAACGCUAGUGGACAGCAGAACAUCUGUUACCGACGUGAAAUUUGCUCCUAAGCAUAUGGGUCUUAUGUUAGCAACCUGUUCAGCGGAUGGUAUAGUCAGAAUCUAUGAGGCACCGGACGUCAUGAAUCUCAGCCAGUGGUCUCUGCAACAUGAGAUCUCAUGCAAGCUAAGCUGUAGUUGUAUUUCUUGGAACCCUUCAAGCUCUCGUGCUCAUUCCCCCAUGAUCGCUGUAGGAAGUGAUGACAGCAGCCCAAACGCAAUGGCCAAGGUUCAGAUUUUCGAAUAUAAUGAAAACACCAGGAAAUAUGCAAAAGCUGAAACCCUCCUGACAGUCACAGAUCCUGUCCACGAUAUCGCCUUUGCUCCAAACUUGGGACGGUCUUUCCACAUUCUCGCCAUAGCAACCAAAGACGUGAGAAUUUUUACAUUAAAGCCUGUGAGGAAAGAACUUACUUCCUCUGGUGGGCCAACAAAAUUUGAAAUCCAUAUAGUGGCUCAGUUUGAUAAUCAUAAUUCUCAGGUCUGGCGAGUGAGUUGGAAUAUAACAGGGACAGUGCUGGCAUCUUCAGGAGAUGAUGGCUGUGUCAGGUUGUGGAAAGCUAAUUAUAUGGACAACUGGAAGUGUACUGGUAUUCUGAAAGGUAAUGGGAGCCCUGUCAAUGGGAGCUCUCAGCAGGGAAACUCAAAUCCUUCCCUAGGUUCAAAUAUCCCAAAUCUUCAGAAUUCAUUAAAUGGAUCUUCUGCUGGCAGAAAGCACAGCUGAGUACCAGCUAACUGGAGUAACUUUGCUGUUUUGCUGCUUGUUGCAUGCACACAGGAAUGGGAAGCAAGCUCCUUUUCCCCUUCCCCAGCGCCGUUUGACCUCUCCCAAGAUACACCAACAGCCUGCUUACUACUAAACGCAGUCCAAAAGGCCUUUAAAAAUACAGUGUAUAUCAUUUUUUUUUUGUGCUAGCCAGUUUAUUGACAUUAUUUGAAACUUUUGAAAUAUAAAUGGAGAGGCUUUUUGUUGAGACAUUGUCACCAAAACAAUUUUUUGAAAUGUUUCUGAAACGAACAUGGGUUUUAAAAUUAAAGGAUUGUUACCAUCCUCAUUGCUAGUUGGGAGGAGGGAAAAUAUCACUUUGUUCCAUCUGGAGACUAUAUAUAGACUUAUGUCUUUUAUUUUCUAAAACAGUAAGCUAAAAUGAAUUUUUAUAAUUUUAAUUUGAAGAUUGAAUAUUUUUCAUAAAGAUUGUUUUGAGUGCUAAUUUGUUUACCUUUUGUAGAAUUGGUUUAUACAUGAUAUUAUUCAGUACAACUCUGUUAUUUCUUUGUAAUGUUUAAAAAGUAUUAGUGAAGGAGUGAGAGAAGUAGUAGUGAAAGUAACUUGACUGUACAGUUUGUAGCCAAACAACAUUUGGUAUUGCUUCAUUUAUAAUUUAGAAGUAAAAUGAAAACAUCUUUGUAAGUUUUCAGUUCAUAUUCACUAAAGAGAUAAAUGUUUCUAAUAUGUGCUUGUAUAUUUUUAUGGUGUGAUUUCACGGCUUAAGGUUUCCUUCAAGUCAAAAUUUAGAAACAUACUAUAAGAAGCAGAUAAAACUCUGCUAAAAUUGUGCAUGCAUGUUAACCUCCACAUUCCAUGUCCCAGGAUUUUCUUAAUUUUGUUGGCUGCUUCAUUUAGUUCAUAUCCUCUGAUGACAAAGCUAUAAACCUUUUUUUGAGAAAAUGCUAAAGUAUUACGGGUAAGUUUUAAAAUGGCAGAAGAAUAACAAUAGGACAUAUUUUUGAGCCCUUUUACUUAUCAAAAUUUUGUACUAAUCUUUUUGCAGAAAAACAUCUAAGUACAUUCAAAGAUUGUGUUUCUUCAAAAGUAUGUUGCAAUAGCUGGCCAUACUAUGUGAAAGUCUAUCUGAAUUGGUCCUGAGUAUCAUGUAUGCACUAAAAAAUGUGCUGCUGCUACAAGUGAAGUGUUGCUUAAAGAAAAAGCUUAUUUGAUUUGUAAAUUACAGGAGAGCAUCAAUAUGUUUCUCAGACUAGAAAAUGUUUUAAAUUAUAAAAUUAAUGUCUUUUUUGUAACAUUCAUACUGAUAAUUUUUUUUAACAUUUUAAGUUUAACAGAUUGUAUUUUUUUCAAGUUUCUAUACUUGCUUAAGUGAGCCUGAUUUGAGUAAGGGUCUUGAUUUUGCUAUUAUGUUCCGUUAGUUUUGGCAUG